AUGCAUCAAGAGUGUAACAAGUUUCUGAAGACUUUUAAGCUUAGGUAUCCUAUUGUACAAGCCCCAAUGGCCGGCGUGACAACGCCCGAGAUGGCAUUCGCAGUUGCAGCUAGGGGUGGUAUGGGAUCUUUAAGUUUAUCUCACGUUAAUCUCCAAAAAAAAUCCGCGGUGUUGGAAAUUGGCAAAGCCUUGAAUGUUUUUCUUGCUGAGAAAGGUGCUGUCAAUGCACAAAAUGUCAACCUGAACUUCUUUUGUCAUCCUAUUUACCCUAGACCUACAACGUCACAGAAAGAGAAUUGGAAGAAGCUUUACUCUAAAAUUUUGGGAUCUGAAGAAUUAGGUACAGGAUUUCGGUUUGAUAAUGGUAACGUAAGUUUCCAAACCAUCGAAACUAAAGAGAAUUUAGAUAUUCUUAAGUCUCUGCUGGCGUUUUUCCAGAACAAAUUCACACCCGGCGUGAUCAGCUUCCACUUCGGGUGUCCUUCUUCGCAUUUUAUCGAAGAGUUGAAAAAGCUUGGGAUUUCCGUUUUCGUGACGGUUACCAAUGAGUUUGAGGGAGAACAGGUUCUCAAAUUUGGUGUUGACGGUAUCGUUUGCCAGGGUUAUGAGGCUGGUGGACACCGAGGCAGAUUUCCGGACACUGAUGCCAAAUAUGAUGAGUGUCUUUCUACGCUAUGUCUGUUCAAGAAACUAAAGCAACUUAAGGUCAAACUGGGAAGCGAAUCGUUUCUUAUCCCUGCCGGUGGGAUUAUGGAUUCUCAGACUAUUCAGUUCUACUUGGAUCAAGGCGCUUCUGCUUGCCAGUUGGGCACUGCAUUCUUAGCAGCAAAGGAGUCUCAGUCCUGCCGAUUUUUCCGUAAUCUGAUAAAUUCUGACGAUAGGAAAUGCACUCUAAUGACUCCACUUCCCUCGGGGCUACCGGCGAGAACUCUGCUGACACCAUUUAUUGAAAAGCUAGUGAACCUAAGCCACGAUGAGGACUUACCCCCCUACGGCUACAGGUACAGUGAGUUUAAGUCGUUAAGAUCAAAAUUCCCCGCAAUGGUAGACUUUAAUCUGUGCGGCCAAGGUGUUAAUCAAAUGGAGAUGGGGCGGGACGAGUGCUUGAGCUCGCAGGAAAUUUUGAGCAAUCUAGCGCAAGGCCUUUUCAUCCAUCAAGAGUAG